AUGACGCUCGACGCGACGGUACGCGAGCGAACGCAUAGAAGUGCCCAUGAGGACGACGAUGACGACGAUGAAUACGAACGCGCGGCGCUUGAGCGCGUGCGCGAGUGCAUGGAGGCGUGCGGCGCGAGUGUCGAUGACUCGAAUCGUCACUUGGGCGGAGCUAUUUUAAGCGAACCGGCACGCACGCUCGAUGAACACGACGCGCGAGAAGAGAACGGAGAGAUCGAAGAGUUAGCCUUAGCCACUAUUAUGCGCGACGAUGGCGCGCACGAUGAAGUGCGCGUGGUGGAGUCCAAGGUGUACGUAGACGACGAAGAGAACGGCGAGGCGAAUGGUCAUGGCGAUUCACCGGCGCUCGCGCAAGCCCUGGAGGAUGAACGAACGAAGAGGCAAAGCCUGGAGGGUGAACUCGACGCAAAGGAUGCGGUACACGCGAAUGCACUCGAGGCUCUCGCUCAAAAGAUGCGCGACGCCGAGGCGGGACGAGCGGAGGCUGAGGCUGAGGUGAGUCACUUGCGAAGCGAGCUCGCGAGGAUGGAAACGGUGAUUCGACAAGAAGAGGGUGUCAUACGAUUACGUCUCGAGGCCGAGCACGAAGUUAGAGUUGGAAGAUUAGCCACCGAGCUUGAUCGCGUGCGAGGUGAGCUCGAAGCGCGGUCGCGGGAUCUGGAAGAGACGUUCGAGCGCAACGAAAAAACGUUUGAAGAGCUCGAACGCGUGCGCGAACACCUGUUAGGGCGAUUGAAAACCGAAACGCAAGGUAUCCUAGGCACGGUUGACCGUGUUUUCGAUGUCUUCGGAUCGAUUUCGAAGAGCUUACAUCGAAUCGACGCGGAAACGCCCCGGGUGUCGCAGAUCGUUCCAUCCAAACGAGAUAGAACGCUCGUCAUCGAUGUGGCGAAGCACGCUUCGCGCGGUCACGCACUCGCCACCUCCGAUCCGAGCACACCCACGAACUCGCGCUCGAGUCGACGAUCGGGCAAUGUUAACGCAUUCAUCCCUCCGGGGCGAAGGGAUACUUCUUCGGGAGCGACUGCAUCACAGCAGCAAUCCGCCUCUCGACGAUUUCAGUUAUCCGCUCAUCCCGAUAGAAGAGCGAAGCCAGUCACCUCCAACAAAGGACUCGUGGGUUACGCCAACGCGCAUUGA